UUUCUGGCAUUGUGAUUAUGCAAAUUGAUUUUUGCAUGUAUACUGGCUUUCGGCUGAAAUGCAAACUUCUGACUCCGGCACUCGGCACCUUUGACCGACCAGCACAAUACACACAGCAGAGACUGCAACAGCUUUGCUAGCUCUGAUAAUGAAGAUGGCUUGCACCAAAGCAAAGACAGGACAACAAAUGGGAUGAAGAAGUGUUUAAACAAGGGCAAAAUGCAAAGGCCCUAGCUUUCCAUGGCAUUUCGGGGCGAUAAGGCGACGCCACUGUCAUAUACGACACCCAACAGUUCCCGCCUUGGCGCCGGAGAAAGCAUGCGCGACGCCGCAUGCAACCCGGAGGCCGCCAUAGCCACGCGCAGCCCGCUUGGCUCGGCUGCUCGGGUCACUGCCGCUGCUCGCAGCGGCUCAACGCCCUCAUGGCGCCCCCCUGGCGCAGCCAGUGCUGGGCCGAGCGCGUCACCCGCGGUUGCACACGCUGGACACGGAGUCACCUCCUCCUCGACAGCAGCUCGAGCGGGCAACGGUGGUCCACAUUCCGCAACCCAAAGCCGGAACCCCGGUCCCUUUGCUUAUGGGCGGGCGCGCUUGCCGGAGGCUGGACCUCAGCGCUCUGCAAGCGCGUCUCCGGACUCAGAUGCCUUCAGCCCACGGCAGGGCUACAAGGCGGGAAGCAGGGGCGGGCAUCGAUACAAGGCUGAUUACGGCCCAGACUCUGCGGGCACUUCGCCCGACAGAGCCACGUCGCCGGGUGCUGGAAGCGGACGAGACCGCCGCCAGGCGAUGGGGGCACAGCGGGAGUCUAUUGAGUCAUUCCUUAUAGGCCUUCCGCUGGGCGAGGAUGUGGGAUCUGCUCAGGUGGAGGCCAAGGUGGCGGAACGGCUGUAUGCCUCAGAGGCGGCGCGUACGGCGCUCCAGGAGCGCCUCCAGCAGUGGUCUGCCGUGGCGAUGGAGUUGUACGGCAUGGUUGCGGCGCAACACGCGGCCGGAGCCGCGGCCGCGCAGCCGCGUGCGCCGGACCCGGCGACCCUGAGCGCCAUCAAAUCAGCUAUCUCGGACUACAUUCGCGACGAGCACCAGCAGCGGCGAGCAGGCCAACACCCGCACCAGUCAGACCGGCACGCCUCGCCGCGGACCAACAUCGCGUCCAUGCCGCGACACGUCGCCGCGCCGCCGCCCCUAGCCACCAGCAGCCCGCAAGCCACGCCCACAGCACACCGCCACAGCUCACGGCCCGGCAACAGCAGUCAUAGCAGUCAGCCGGCGGCCUCACACAACUACAGUGGCGCCAUGUGGACGCCCGAGGGCAGGCCGGUGCCUCCCUCCCGCGGCUCAGAUGCAGCGGGGUCGGACGGGGCUGCUGCGGGUAGCUGGGGCGGGUACUAUCCCGCCAACGGGGCCGCCGUGACGACUGCGGAGGUGGUGCAGCUUCGACAGGAGGUGGUGCGUCUGAGGUCCGAGCUAGCUGCAGCACACCGUGCAGGCGCUGCCGGGGGCGGGCCGCGCGUGCUGGGGGCCGGGCAGAUGGAGCAGAGCGACCGGCAGAUGGCGGCAGCGGUGAUGAUGCAGGCCGCGCUCAUGCCCAAGGGUUCUCCGCUGGGACUGCAUGGGCCGGACCCAACGCAGGCGGCGCUUGUGGCGGCCUUGCGUACGGAGGUUGAGGUGGCUCGUGUGGCGGCGGCGGAGCAGUCAGCCAAGGCUGCCGCCUCUGGGGAUGAGGCGCAGCGGCUCCGGCGCGCGCUGCUUGAUGCGGAAAUAGAGCUUCAGCAGGCGGCGGUGGCGGGUGAGGCGGCCAAGCAGCAGGUACAGCAGGCGGCGGAGCAGAUGGCGGCGCUGCGCGCAGGCAACGCACGUCUGGCUGCCGAGCUCGAGGUGGAGCGAGGCAAGGCGGUGGCGGUGGUGACGGCCGUCAGCGGCAAGGCCGAGGAGGCUGCGGGUGUGCGGCGGCAGCUGAGCCAGGCGCAGGCGGAGCUGCAGCUGGCCCGGGCGGAGCUGGCGGCCAAGGCAGUGGAGACGGCGCAGCUGGGCGGCCGCCUCGCGGCACACGCCCAGGAGCUGAGCGCGGCACAGGCUGCCUCCUCAGCGCUGCGCGAGCAUGCCGGUGUGGCGCACCUGCUGCCUGCGGCGCAGGCUGAGCGGGACCAGGCGCUGUGGCGGUCUGAGCAGCUGCAGAGCGAGCUGGCGGCCUCGAGGGAGGAGGUGCGGCGGCUGCAGGUGGAGGCAGCGGCGGCGACAGCAGCAGCUGCGGCUAGGGGCUCCCAGUCGCCACAUGCGGCCGUGGCAGCGGCUGAGCAGCAGGACGAAGUAGAGGCACUGCGACGGCAGCUGGCAGCAGCUUUGGGCGCCGCAGAGACGGUGCGGCACGCGCAGGCGGCUGCUGAAGCUUCUGAGGUGCAGCAGCUGCGGUCAGAUGCGCAGGCUGAGGUGGAGGCGCUGCGGGUCCGGCUGGCGCGUGCGGAGGCACAGGGUGCGGAGCUGGAGCGGCUGCGUCAAGAGUGGGCGUGGUCGGUUGCGGAAGCUGAGAAGCUGCGCACCAAGCUGGGAGCGAUGGAGGCGGCGGCCGCGGCGGGGCGGCAGGAGAUCGAAGCAGCGCGCAUGCACAUCGCGGCCGCGCAAGCGUCGGAGGCGGAGGCGUGCCGGCGUGCCGAGCAGAUGCGCAGUGACAGAGAGCUGGCUCAGGUCGCGGCAGAGGCAGCGCAGGUGCAGGCGGAGGAGCUGCGUCGUGAGCUGGCCGCGGCAAGCGGCAGCGCAUUGGAUGCGGGCAGGGCGGCCGAGCUGGAGGCAGCUCUACGGCAGCGCACUCAGGAGGUGGAGCGGGCGGCUCAGACGCAGGCGGCUCUGCUGCAGCAGGUCGAGAUGCUUCGCAGCGAGCUGGCGGCCGCGACCGAGCGGGGGGCGGAGCAGCAGCGCACGAACGCUCGCUUGCAGCUGUCGCUGCAGGCCGCGGAGAAGGCGGCAGCGACGGCAGCAAACAAGGUUUGGGAGAUGGAGGCGGAGGCAGCGGCGCUGCGGGAGCAGGCGUCACGGGCGGCGGAGAGGGAGCUGGCGGAGGCAGCCGCAGCGCGAGAGCGUGUGUCGGCCCUCGAUGCCGAACUCGCGGUGGCAAGGGCAGAGAGGACAACAGCUGCAGCCGUUGCGUCUGACGCAGGGAUGCCUACUGUGGAAGCGGGGGCACAGGCGGAGCUGCAGGCUGCUAAGCAGGAGGCAGCAGAAGCUGGCGCGCGGGCCGCUCUCCUUGAGGAAAGGUUAGAGCAGCUACGCGUGCGCUGCGAGCUGCUGAGCUCUGGGCUUCAGCAGGCGCGGGUGCGCGAGGAGGCACUGGGCAGGAAACUGGCAGAAGCCGAGGGCCCAGCCGGGGCUGUGAUGCAGCCCCGCACAGCCGCUGAGAACUCAGCUGCAGUAACUGCAGCAGCAGAGGCGGAGGCAGAGGAGGCGCGGCGGCGGGUGGUGGAGCUGGAGGCAGCGCUUGAGCAGGCGCGCGGGCGAGAGGAGCACCUGAGUGCGAGCUUGGCGGACUCUGUCCGGCAGACCACGCAGCAGGCGGCCACCAUCGUGUCGCUGCAGGACGAGCUACGCGCCGCCCAACAGCUGCAGCAGCGUGUGGUGGCGGGCCUGCAGCGCGCGGCCAGCAGCAGCGCCCUGUCAGCCAUGGCCGCGGCCGCUGUAGCCGCCGCCGCCAGCCCGGGCGGCGCACCGGACCUCCGGCACAGCAGCAGCUUCAGUAUGGGCUCCCCGCAUGCGUCUGCUGCUACUGCUUCUGCUGUGUCAAGAGGCGCUGGUGUCCUGCCUAGCUCGCCUGGACACAGUCUCACGGUGCUGCUGCCGCGCUUCGGCAGCGUCAGCAGCGGCGGCGCUGGCGAGGGCGGGGGCGAGCUGUCGCCGGGGGCCGCGGCCGCCCCGUCGCCGCCACAGCUGCGCUUGGCGCUCAUGGUCGCGCGCCAGCAGAUUAUGGCGCUGGAGGACAGGCUUGCAUCCCAGGCUUCCGCGCUUAAGGCUGCCACCGCGCGCGCGGACGAGCUGGCCAGUCAAAUGGCGGCCCAGGCGGCGGCCAGUGCCGCGGAGGCCCAGCAUGACGCGCAGACGGAGGCGAGCCUCACGAUGCAGCUCACCUCCAUGGAGCAGCGCCUGGCUGCUGCGCAGGCCACGAUCUUGGACCAGGCAUCACAGCUGGACGUGUUGGAAGGAGAGCUGCGCCGCCGCCCCUCUGGCUUCGGCCUUCACGUCUCCGACGGUGGCAGCAUGCCUGCGGCGGAGGGCGUUGACGGUGCAACGGGGGCAGAGCAGCAGGGAAUGGAGCGGGAAGCCUGGCAGCAGGAGCGGCAGCAGCUCCACCUUGCUGCGGAGGAGGCGGCCGUGCGGGUGCAGGAGGCGACGCAGUAUGCGGAUGAGGCCGAGGCCAAGGUGGCACAGGCUUUGCGCACCGUUGAGGAGCUACAGGCUGAGUCGCGCACGCUGAAGCAACAGUUGGAGGAGCGCGGCGACGAGCUGAGGGUGCGGGCGCGCGGCGCCGCCGUGCUGCAGCAGCAACUGGACCAGGCCAUGGCUGACCGCCAGGCCGCCCAGCACCUGGCGGAGGAGACGGCCGAGGCGGCAGCACAGCGGCAGGCCGAGGCGGAGAAGGGCCUGGCGGCGCUGCGGGAGGCGCUGGCGGCGGCGGAGACGGAGGCCGCCAGCCGAGGCGCCCGCAUCCAAGAGCUGCAGAGCACGGUGCAGCAGCUGCAGGACGCGUUGGCGGCGGCUGUUGCAGCGGACAUAGGCAGCGCGGUGUCCUCCCUCAGUCAGUCCCAGGCGCAGGCGCAAGCACACGCGCAGGCGCAGGCACAGCAGCAGCAAGAGGCGGAGCGCCAGGCGCAGCAGCAGGCGCAGCUGGCUUCGCCGUCGCAGCGCUGGUUCUCUCAGCGGCGGCUGCGGCUGGGCGUUGACGGCCUGGCUGAGGGAGGCAGCAUGAUGGGCGGUUACGGUUUCGGUUACGAUUUCAUGUACAGCAGUACGAGCAGCCUGCCAUCAGACAAUGAUUUAGCAGCGUCGCCUGCUGCCACCGGUGACGCACCUGUUGGCGCAGUGGUGCAAGAGGGCACGGCAGCAGUGGUGGCCGCGGAACCCGCGGCGACGGAAGCUGCACCAGCGGCCACCGACGCUGCUACUGCCGUUGACCCUGCUGCAGCUUCAGCUGCAGUGGGGCCGAUGGAGGAGGGCGGUGAUGGGUAUGGCCGUCCUCACGGCGGUCGGGCUGGCGGCGAGGUGGAAGACGAUGGGCACGGGUUUGGCAGCGUGUCGCCCCUGCGCGGCGGCUCGCGCCAGACCAACAGCAGCGACAGCGGGUGGGCUGGCAUGGCGGGCGCAGGGCAGGAGAGGGCGGAGGCGGACUUGCUGACUGCAGCCAUCGAGGCGGCGGCAGCUGAGGCUGAGGCAGAGGCCUUGGCGCGGGCGAAGGCAAGCGCCUCUUCAGGCCCCGCUGCUAAUGGCGCGGGUGACGUGGGGCCUGGCGGGAUGCAUGCGAAGGUAGAGGCCCCGAUCCAACCCGGCCCUGCAGGCUCAGGCCGUUCGCAGCUGCCACCGCAAAGGGCAGACGAGCAGGGGGAGGCGGAGGUGCUGGCCGCGAGCUUCGGCGAGCAGCUGUCCUCAUCGUCGCCCGACAGCCCUGUGGGGGUGGCCCGCGGCGGCCGCCGGACUGGCAGCCCACCGCCGGCGCUCGUGUUGAUGGCCACCAUGGCAACGGCGCCUGCGCCUGUCAUCCCGUCAGGCCCGCCCGGGCCGUCAGGUCUCUCAGGCGCGGCCUCAGUCGGGUCCCCACCGCUCACGGCCACCUCGUCCGGCUAUGCUGAGGCGGCGCUGAUGUCAGCACGUGUCUCAGCUGCAGACAGCGCAGGCGCGGACGGCGCCGCGCGUCACGGCUAUGGUGAGGACCACGGCGGCGCUGGUGCUGGUGAGGGGCAGUGGCAUGUUAAUGAAGAGGCAGUGAACGGUGGUGGUCACAUGCACCCGCACCCGCCACCGCACGCGCACGCCGGGCACGGUCACGGCCACGGCCACCACCGCAGCCACCACCAUCAUCACCAUCACCGGGAGCGCCGGCGAACGGUGGACGAGGAGGAGGAUGCCACACAGCCGUCGCCGCUGCAGCCACAGCCAGUGGACGGUGCAGGGCAACUUGCUGAUCAGCGGCAGGAGGAUCACCAGACCAUAGAAGUGCACACGACAGCAGUGCCACCAUCAACGGAACCGCUAGACGCUGCGGCAGAUUACGGCUUUGAGCCUGCGUCUGACCCCAGCAGGCACGCGCAAGGCCAAGCAGAGGCACGGGGCGGCAGUAGCGCGGGCAUUAGCGAGCAUGACGGCGACGGCCGCAGUAGUAUUGGUGGUGGCUUUGCUGGCAGCAAUGGCACCGCCGCCGCCAUUGGUAGUAGAUACAACCUCGCUGAGCAUGAGGCAAUGCUGACGGCUGUAGCAAUGUCGCUCGGUGGCAUGGGCGGUGGGCUCGGCGGCGGGCUGUUCGGCAUGGGCGGCGCUGGUGGUAGCGGCAGCCUGUUGGGUGGGCGCGACAGCGCUGACUACGGCAGCAGUUAUGGCGGCGGCGCCGGAUCUGGAUCUGGCGGCGCGGCGGUGGCGGCGUACAUGGCGGCGGCAACGGCGGCGGCGAUGACGUCAGCCUACCGCUCCGGCGGCGGCGCGAGCGCCAGCUCGGGCGGCUCGGGGCGCAUGAGCCCUGGCGGCGGCAGCAGUGUGGCGGCGGGCGAGUCCGACCUGCAGGAGCUGAGGGAGCGGCUGAGUCAGCUGGAGCGGCUUUUUGGAGGCGGGGCCGGAGCAGGAGCGAAUGACGGGCGCGGCACGGGUGCCGUCGGGCGUGCGGUUGGCAUGCCUGGCAGCCCUGGUGCUGUCGGCACCGCCGCCGCCGCCGCCGCCGGCACGCCGCCGUUUGCAACACCGACGCAGCACCUUGCCGGCCCGCCGGGCUCGGCCGCGGCAACGCCGGGCAGCGGCAUCUGGGGUACGUACAUGGCGGCGGCGGCGGCCGGCGGCAGCGCCGGGCUGGCAGCGCCCUCUCCACAGAUGUCCGCUACGCCCAGCCGCCGCGUGUCCACAGCGACGCCGUCACUGCCGCCCUCAGUGCGCCAUUCGGCCUCCCAGGCCACGCUGCCCGCCGGCCUCGGCUCCCCGCCGCAGUACCUCGCCCACCAGCCCCACCUGCCACCGCGCUUCGGCGGCGGUGGCGGCGGUGGUGGCCCGCAGCAUUCCGGCGUGAACAGCUUGGGUGCGGGCCCCGGUGCCCGCAUGCCGGGCCUGGCCGCCGUCGGACGCUCUCCUGCGCGGCACUCGGAGCCAGGGCCGCGCAUGCAGGUUGGCGCCGAGUCCUCACAACCGUACUUCGUGCCAGCCUUCUUCCAUUCCACCAGAGACGGCGGCGCCGGCAUGUGGGCCGCCGCCGCCGCCUCGGCGGCCCACGACCUCGCAGUCGCCGCCGCCUGCGGCAGCCCGACAUCCCCUAACAGUGCUGUGUAUUACUCACCCAGCGCCAGCACCACCGCAGUGCCUCAUGGAGCCGGUAAGGCGUUGGUGGCACAAGCGGCUUCGCCUAAGAACCGCCGAGUGAGCGAGCCAGCCUGGACGGCGGCGAACGCGGCAGCGAAUGCGGCGGGACCUGUUGGCUCAGUGGGACGGGGUUCGCGCUCGGGCCACGGCUUCCUCAGCUGGAACGCAGGGCCCAGCUCGGGGGUGGCACGGCCGCCAGCGGGGCCGCCGAGCCUGACGCCAGCGCGUACACCAAGCCUGGGACAAAUGCCGUCUUCACGGCGCACGUCACGGGAACGUGAGAUGACGCGGACGCAGAGCCGAGUGCGCGACCUGCAGGCCCAGCUGGACGCGCUAAUCGCUAAAGCCAGCUCCGGAUCCCUCGCCUCUCCCGGCCACGUUGGCAAGCCUCAGCGCAUUAGCGAGAGCCGAACCCUCAGCAGUAGCGGCACUGCCACUACCGAGGCCACGGAGGGCGGCGGCGCCGCCGCAGAGACCGCAGGAGCUGCUUCUACAAUAGCAUUGGACCCGGGGGCUCCUGCAGCUGCGUCUGUAGCAGCAGCCGGCAGCGGCGCGGAUGGCGGGACGAAGCCGUCGGGAGCGGCGGCGGCGGCGCUGACGGCGUCCGCGGUCGCGAGCUCGCCAGCGCGCCGCAACUUCAAGUCCACCUCUGCAAACAGCUAUCACACGUCGGCAUUACACGACGGCGGGGCAGCACGUGCGCCCGGCCAGCGCGGCCAAGGAAGCAACGACGGCUCGACGAGCUCCGGAGCAGAGACGCUCCUGGGUUCACGGCGUUCCUUCAGCUUCCCUCGCACCAGCGCCACCAGCGUCCAUGGUGCUGCAUCCGGUGCCCACCAUCCCCCCGUCCCGCCACUGCCGCCUCCGGCGCCCACGCCGCCCCGCGGCCGAAGCCGGGCCACCAGCGGCACGGGUGGUGGCGGCGCUGGCUCGGUGGCGGAAGCGUCCGCGCUGGUCCGAGAGCUAGAUCAGUACUUGGGGCUGGGGGCGAAGCGUUUCUGAAGGCGACGUGCCAGUUAGCGGAACGAAGGUGCUGCCAGUGGUGUAGUCGCGGGGGCUAGGAGUGAAACUUACUGAGUGGAUCCUUGGUGUUGUUAUGCAUUACAUUUGUUUGUGUUCGUCUGGACUGGAAUUGAGCACUGGGCGUUGCGGCACUGUUAGUUGUUGGUCCUCCUCGGACGCUUCGUACAUCUGUCCGCGAUCCAAACCCAACCCUCGCAACGGGCUGUAGCCGACCAAAAAGCACUGUUGGCUCCUGGUGCAUUACAUGUCGGCGAUUGAGCAUUGCCAUGGACGGACGGCGCCUGACGUCAGCGCGUUGCGCAAUGCGGACAGCACUUGACGCGUAACCGUGUCACAUGUAACCCAAAGUCCCCCAUACACUGCCACAUAUACAGCUAUUACCCCGUGCUUGGGCUGGCCAGGACCACGCUGCCUGCGGUCUACUACGUAUUUGCAGAACUGCAAAUUGAGAAGCCAGAGCGGCAGAGCCACACGCUUUUGGCAGUAUCUACGUGCCCAAGCUCUUCACAUCCCG